AUGUCAUCCUGUGUAUCUAAGCUCCAAGGCAAGGUUGCCAUCGUUACCGGCGGCGCCAGCGGCAUUGGAGCAUUCACGGCGCGCCAUUUCGCAUCCCACGGUGCUCACGCCGUCGUGAUUGCCGAUGUCCAGGACUCCAAGGGUAAAGAUGUGGCCGCAUCGAUCGGCUUUGACCGCUGCAACUACGUUCACUGCGACGUCAGUGACGAGGACCAGGUUAAGUCUCUAGUAAACACCACCGUCGAAAAGUACGGCCAGCUCGAUGUUAUGUACAGUAAUGCCGGGAUAACCGCCGCGUCGGCGCAGACGGUGCUGGAGAUGGACCUGUCCGAAUACGACAGAGUGAUGGCGGUGAACGCUCGCGGGAUGGCGGCGUGUGUGAAGCACGCGGCACGUGUGAUGGUGGAGAAGGGGGUGAAGGGGAGCAUAGUGUGCACGGCGAGCUUUGUGGCGAAGUGCGGGAUCGAGGGCAUGACAGACUACACGAUGUCGAAGCAUGCAGUGCUGGGGCUUGUCAGGUCGGCGAGCGUGCAGCUGGCAGAGCGUGGAGUGCGCGUGAACUGCGUGUCGCCAGGUAUGGUGGCGACGCCGUUGGUGUGCCAAACUUUUCAGAUUAAGGAGCAAAAGAUGCAGGAGUUGAUGGCCGAAGUAUAUUCGGGAAAGAAUGGGCCACUGACUGAGAAGAACCUGGCGGAUGCUGUGGUGUUUCUGGCUUCAGAUGACUCGACGUUCGUUACCGGCCAUAAUUUGGUGGUUGAUGGCGGACUUGGCACCAAGGCCGUGGCGGAGAUACAAAAAUUGACCAUGCAUAAUAAUCGCCAUUAAUUGAUUAUAUUUCAGCUUCUCAACAAAUCAUUAUAAUAUCUUUGGACUUUGUA